AUGUCCCAGCAGCUCAUCAAGACGCCGCUCACCGAGAUGUUCGGCAUCAAGGCGCCGAUCAUGCUUGCAGGCAUGAACGUCGCUGCCGGCCCCGAGCUCGCGGCUGCCGUGACCAACGGCGGCGGCAUUGGUGUGAUUGGCGGUGUCGGCUACACGCCCGAGUUCCUGCGCGAGCAGAUCGCCGAGCUCAAGUCGGAGCUCAAGGACAAGAACGCGCCGUUCGGCGUCGACCUGCUGCUGCCCAAGGUCGGUGGCGAGGCGCGCAAGACGAACUACGACUACACUGGCGGCAAGCUCGGCGAGCUCAUUGACAUCAUCAUCGCCGAGAAGGCCGCGCUCUUCGUCUCUGCCGUCGGUGUUGCACCCAAGGAGGUCAUUGAGAAGCUGCACAAGGCGGGCAUCGUGUGCGCCGGCAUCAUCGGCCACCCCAAGCACGUCAAGGGCAGCCUUGCGUCCGGUGUCGACAUGAUCAUCUACCAGGGCGGCGAGGGUGGCGGCCACACCGGUGACGUGCCCACCUCGAUCCUCGGCCCGCGCGUCGUCGACCUCUGCCGCGGCCACAAGAGCCCGCUGACCGGCAAGCCCAUCGUCACGAUCGCUGCCGGCGGCAUCUACCGCGGCAAGUCGCUUGCUGCUGCGCUCUGCUACGGCUCCGACGGUGUUUGGGUCGGCACGCGCUUCGUGGCGUCCGAGGAGAGCGGUGCGCCGCGGAAGCACAAGGAGGCCGUGCUCACCUCCACGCACGAGACGGACGUCCGCACCAUCAUCUUCACCGGCCGCCCACUGCGGCUGCGCAACACGCCUUACAUCCAGUCGUGGGAGGACAGGCCCGAGGAGAUCAAGAAGCUCACGUCGCAGGGCAUCAUCCCCGUCUAUCACGACCUCGAGAACGACGACGAGAAGGGCACGGCCGAGCAGGGCGCGUCGCAGCGCUACCUCAUGGGCAAGGUCGCGGCCGUGCUCGAGGACAUCCUGCCUGCUGCCACGAUCAUCGACAACAUGGUCAAGGAGGCCGUCGAGGUGCUGAGCAAUGGCCAGAAGCUGCUCGUUGGCGGCGGUGCGCGCCUGUAAGGGCACAGCCCAG